AAACGCGCUGGUAAGCUCGAACGGCCAUAUUUUCUUUCACUUCGGAUAAAAAUAAAAUGCCAUUUCACGCGAAAUCGGCGUAACGGGCAUGUGGAGUGGUGCGUAAUUACGCUGGGCCAGAAAGAAAGUGUCGUUUUUACCAUCAAUUGUGUGUGAGCUUGUCCCAUUCGUUAGCUGAUUCUUCCCCAUUAUCGUCUCGACACACGGCAGUAGCAGGGUGCGUAGUAGAGUUUGCCAGAGUUCGCUGCGGAGGUGAUUAAAAUACUGUAAAAUCUCGCGAUCGUUGUACGGCGGCUGGUGUGUUUACUAGGCUCGCGGUGUUCCGGUAUACUUGGCGUGAAACGCAUCUUCAUCGUCCGUCGUAGUAGCGAGCGUAGAAACACACGUAAAGCCACGAAAUACGAUAGUGCGAACAAGAGAUAGAGAGAGAGUGAGUGAACGUAUGUGAUUUCUCUGUCACGCUAAUACGAGAGAAAGAGAGAGAGAGAAAGCGAGAAGGCUGAUACGGUGGUGCUGUAAACGUAAAGUGUGCGCUCGUGUGUGUCGGUUCUGAAUGUGGUUGUAGUGGUGCAGAGUGUGUACACUGUGUUUGUUCGAGACGGAUCUUUUCCUGUGUCUCACUGUAGGCCGCAAGAAAAGUUUACAAAAACCGUUGAAACGACGGACGUAGUGUGGACUUGGGAUCAUCAGUAGCAGCAGCAGCAGCAGCAGUACCAAUCAAUCCUCAGCACAGCAACAAUGGCGUGUGCAACGUUAAAACGUUCGCUUGACUGGGAAAGUCUAAACCAGCGGCCCACGAAACGGCGAAGAUGUCAUCCGUUCGGCAGCUCCAGCCAGAGCUCAUCUGCCUCCGCCUCCUCUCCAUCAUCGUCGGCCUCAUCUUCCACAUCCGUUGCGGCGGCCGCGGCUGCCGCGUCGAUGCGCGUCAUGGAACCGAAACCGUCGCCUUUUGCAGAAGCCACCUGUUCCAAACUGACACCAGAAAAAAUGGCACAAAAUAUCACGGAGGAAAUCAAAAGACUGCACCGCAGGAAACAGCUCACCUUCAACAGCCACAACGUCGAGCGCAUGCAGGAUUCGGAAUCGAGCGGCUCGGAAAUGGGCCCGGACAGUCCCCGCCGACCAGACAGUCCACCGAGCAUGGUGAAAAAUCCAGAGAAAGCCCUGUUCACCUUCAAGCAGGUACAAAUGAUCUGCGAACGUAUGCUGAAGGAGCGAGAGGAUGCCUUGAGGGAACAGUAUGAUGCAGUGCUGACCACAAAACUAGCCGAACAAUACGAUGCAUUUGUGAAGUUCACAUACGACCAAAUACAGAGACGUUACGAAGCAGCGCCAAGUUACCUCUCCUAAUCAGGGAUCAUUGGAAAAUAUAAACUACGUGAAGGCAUACCUACCAGCAACGGCGCGCUAAACAGAAGAGGAAUUAAUUACUAAAUCACGAAUAAUAAAUAGAUACACACGUAAAUACACACACACGCAACCGAGCAGAAUAUGUGUGUGUGUGUGUUGUAGCUUAAGGUAUAGCAGCUGCUCUCCUACAUCUCUAUACAGGCGCAUCCAGGGAUUCCUAACUCACAGAAGAAGCAGCAAACUGCAACGCGUCAGCAGCCGAAACACAGCCAAAAAAACAAACACAAAAAUGCAUCAAAAUCACUCAAACCGCAAGUAAGAAUGCGUUCAAUACACACACAACAUUAGCUAUACUGCAACGCGGGGCGGGGAUGCAAACCAGACCAGACCACACGAAUACGAUUUUAUUUUGCUGAAGGAUAUCUUUGCUGGUGGUGAACCAUCGCCCCGUCUCACACAUCUCUUCUCGGCUUAUAUUUUGUUACUUUCGUUAGCUUGAGUUUACUAUUUCGUUUCGUAAUAAAUGCGUUUUUCUUUUUGGCUCGUAGUAACUAUACCUGAUGCGGACGAUUAAGCAUUACUUCCGGAAGGCACUGAGGGAAUGAGCUGUGUGCCACUAUAAAAGUUUUCCAAAUUAAAUUCUAUUCUAAGAACAAGUUUUUCUUUUGUUUUACUCGUAUUGCGUUGUUAAUGAAAUGGAUGUGUAUGUGUGUCCAACAUUUGGCCCACCAAGGCUGUAUGGAGCGCGAAAAGCACAAUCACAUUUGCCUAAUUGAUCUUUAUGUUUUUCACGAGUUGUUGCAAUUCAAUACCACACCCUCUCUUAGCCACUAAGUUAGCUCAAAUUUCCGUUGUUUUGUUUUUCCUUUGUUUGCAAAAACACAUUUGUUACACGUAAAAGCUGCGCCGCCGACAACGACGUGACGACGCGCCGUAAGCAUUCUCAGUAAUUUAUUAAGCAAGUCCGUCACUCCCCGCAACUACCUACAAUCAGGCAGAAGCAAUGCGCCUUCCUUCGUGGUGUAUUCCUUCUGGUCUGGCGUUUGGUUGCGCGACUUGGUUCCCUGCUCUGGUGUCUCUGGGUGGUAGGGAACGACACUUUCUUACUAGAAUAUUUAGCACGUAAGAAGCCGGUGCACCUUCCUGCGCUUUUUUGGUCGGUGGGAGCGAGCUUUCCGAGCCAGGAUUCGGGAGGAAUUGUGUGUCCGAUUCCCCCCCCCCCCCCCCCCCCCCCAUCGUCGAACCGUAGUCCUAAUGUGAGUUGAGAGUAGGUUUAAGCUCGUAUAAUGUGUGUACUGUGUUUGGUUAGCCCGAUCGAUAAAAUAUAUUCCUUUGACUGCGGAACUAAUUUGUCAUAUUAGUUAGAGCAGAUGCUCUCGUCACAUUCGGAUUGUUCUAAAUAAGCAUAAAGGCACAACGUAAUUUACAACAACAGUUUCGUAAAAUGUACACUCUUUUUCUCGAUCGAUUUUUUCUAACAUAAUUUCGGCAAAUGAAGGUUAUAAUAGUUCGGGAGCAAAUUGAAACGAUAACUACACAUGCUACUACUGUAAUAACGACGGGAAAGAAAAUGACACAAAAAGUAAGCAAAGGAAAACUCUAACUACAAGCAUAAGAGAGAGAGAGAUGGAGAGGAGGGAAAAAACCACAAAAUAUAUAGUAAACACUAAGAGGAAGUAGGAAAGAAAGAUAGAAACAAAACGCAACGUUAACUGAUAAGUCGUUUAUAUACACGAAUAUAUGUUUUGUAUGAAAAAGAAAUGAAAAACCAGAAACGGACGUACCGGAGGAACCUCGGGAAGCGCAGACACAAUGUGGAGGAAAGUCUAAGGAAAGGAAAUGGCGCAUACGAUGAGCUCUAACCGCUUGCCAACCACGAGAGCAAGCAUGAUAACGGUUCGGAUACCUUAACAGAAAGCAAAACUAUCAGCAGCAGCAAUUAACAUACUACUACUAUUACCUACUAUUGCAAACUACUAUUGCUAAAUUACGAUUACUAUUAUCUACCAGCUAAUACUACUACUACUACCAUUGCCUAAAGGUACACCAACAAACCCCGUCUGUUCAGUGCAUUAAUUGGCCUUGCUUGUUGCAGCAGCAGAUAGGUUGGGUGGGUGCCGAACGUUUCUCUUUCCUUGUUCACUUCUCGUUCAAGUAAGUGUGUGAGCCACAGUUUUGCGCAUGAUGGAAGCAAACUUAACUACAGGAUUGUUUUCUUUACUUGAGAACGGCGGCCGUGCGUCGUAUGAUGAUAUAGACAUACCGUGGCCCCCAUCGAGAGGGUUUGAUUUAAGUUUCUUUAAGCUCGUGUACCGGCCGGCGAUAGUUGUAAGGUUUGAUAGUAAACAGUUGGAAAACAAUAUUAGCACGAAAGCAAAACACAAAAAACAAACACAUUUGGAAGCAGCAUUAUCUACAUUUCUCACAAUCAACAAUCAACGGCGAUCCAAACGCUCCAAGUUCUUAUAGAAAGGGUAACAACAUAGAAGAAGAAAAACACCAGCAUACAAGCAAACAAAACAAAGCAGAAACAUAAUAGGCAUACUAAUAAACUAGGAAAAUCGGCAAUCGUUGUUAGUGGAAAAAAAAAAUGAGAUCGCGCUGCUGCUUCUCCGGGAAGAAAUAGAAUCGGUUGAAAGACGACAGACAACAACAAAAAAGAGAACGGAUGAUAUCAAAGAUGUAGCAUAACAAAGACGUAAUAAGCUCUUAGUGCUCUAGUGUUGCCAUAAUUAGUAGUAUAUAUAUUCACAGAAAAGUGUCUCUCCGUUUGCUCGACCUUUCCUUCCUUGCGCCUCAUUCAUAAGCUACACACCCGCGCGCAGUGGUGGCGUUGAUGAUGAGGAUGAGUGGUGGAGGGGGUGGUGGUGGUGGUGGUGAUAGCGAAAUGUGUGGUCUCUUAUCCUUAUCGGGUGCGAAUAUUGUCCCCGGCGAACAAACAUCCGCGGGGAAGGCAUCGAGACGAUCAUUUAUAUUAUUUAUCUGACGAAAUCAAUGCCCCCCACACACACACACAAAACAACGAUCUCCUCAUUCGGUGAUUAAUGUUGCAGUAAUAUACACAGCACAAGUAAAAAAUCAUAGUUUUAUUUACUUUCAAUAAAACAACACAAAUCUGUCUCAUGUCAGGUUGAUUUUAUAAGGAUUUAGAGAAUUUGCAAUAGCUUACAGCGAUGGAAAACCGGCUUCGAAAAUUGGCGGUGGAAGAAAUGAAUGAAGGGAGGAUAGCCUAACAGAAAAUCCCCUCAAUUAUUACUCAAACCCAGUAUAGGUCUCACUUUGGCAAACAUAUUAGAAAAAGCUGGCGGUUUUUAUUUUAUAAUUUGCAGUGAUAUGAGAUACCGACAUACAGGCAACCAAACAAGCUAGAGAAGGAGAAGGAGAAUUAAAAAAAAAAACAUCCUGGAAAAGCAAAAGUAGGGAAGAAAAUGAAGCAGCAACAAAACAAACAUGCUGAUCAUAAAAUCGACGAUACGCGAUCAACUCUAGGAUUGUACGCAAGCCGCGCUAUCAUCAUAUAUACAUAUAACUUCUAAGGACGUUCGUUUAGGAGGGUCCCCCUACUAUCGGGGCGGGCAUGGAAAGUGUGAUGGAGUGAAGCAGAGGAGGGUAACAAAAAUUGCAACAAGACAUUUGCUGCUGCCUCUAAAACCAGCGAAUAGUGUAGCCACAGCGUACUGUAAGCUAAGCAGCGCAUACAAUUUAAGCUAUAACUAACAGGAAAACAAGAAGAAACACACCAUAAGCAAAUAAAACAAACACGAAACAAA